AUGAUCAAGAGAGAUCUCGAGUUCGACGGCGAGGAGGGUAUCGAACGAAGGACGCGUAUCGACGACACUGAUCCCAGAAUUGUCUUCUCACCAGGUCCAUCGCCUUACUUCGAUCAGCAACAAAAUGCUUCGUGGUCCGUCGUCAAAGACUCCACUCCUUUCAACGGCUCAGCGGUCAUGGCAAAUCUUCCCGAUGCCCAGCUCAGCUUCAACUUCACCGGCAACUCUCUUACGCUUGGCCUGCUCUACAGAAAGGACGGCACUAGACUGAAUGUGACAUUGGAAAAUGGCACCUCCUUCCCUAUCGAGGUGACCGCUGCAGACACUGCGGCUUCUGCUCAUGACGGCGAAGAAGAGGCUCUGCAGAAGAAGAAUGUCCGUCUCACGGGACUUUCGUGUGCAAAGCACACCGUAAUUCUAGCUGCCUUGCCUGCAUCGGAUGCUCAGGGAGGAAACGCAACUCAAGCGCCCCUCUACUUUGACUGGUUUAGCUUCCCGUCGGCUGAUAGCGCUGCCGCUUGCACCUCCAGUAGCCCAGGGUCUCCUGCUCCUACUAGGGGUCCUACCCUAAACGACAACCACACGAUGAUGUACAUCGGUAUCAGCCUGGGCGCCAUUCUUCUCUGUUUCAUCGUCGCUAUCCUCGUGACUCGCUAUUUUCGCCGCCGUGACCAGCAUCGACGGCCUUCUUCGGCAGCCGAACCUGUACACCACACCUUCCGAUCCGGACGCAAGCAAGCGAGUAAUGACACGCUCGACAUGCCGCUCAACAUGUCUCAGCCUCAGCUCAAGUCGUCUUUGGAGACUGCUACCAUUUUCCGACCGAGAGGCAUCCACGCGCUUGCCCACGACGACUCGUUUUCCAGCAGCCAUACGGGCCCCCGACCGAGUAUCCUGGACAGUCCUUCUGCAACGGCGGUAUCGGCGACCAUGCCUUUGUCACAGGAGGAAGGUGUAGAGAUGGUCGAGGAUGCGGAACACAGCAUUGGCAGCAUGUUGCUUUGCUUGCAGCAUGAUCCUCUUAAUCGUCCGAGGGACGUUCGGAGCAAUGGUAGCAAGGCGCAGUAUGAUAAAGCGAGGUUGUCCUCGUCGGUGGGCGCCGCGAGCGGAAAGUUUGUACCUCGCUCACCGAUCCUCGUUGGAGGACACGAGCUGCAACGCAUUCCCAAGGACGACUUUAUUCCUGCUUCGACUCGCACCGCUAGCAAGGGUAAAGCCAGAUUUCCAUCGACCAACAAAAUCCCCCGUCGACCCACAACUGCUUCAGCCAUCGAGCGGCUCUGCACUGACGCUCAGCAUCUCGACAUCCAGCGUUCCCUCUCGCCCUUCGAUCAUACGCGUCCCAUCACGAGCUCCGGUGCCGUCAUCUCUUCCAAAGCCAGCGAAACCACGCUCUCCUGUCUAGCCACCACGCCGGCCCUCUCCAACCCGGAGAACCCAUUCAGACGCAACUCGAUCGGCUCGGUCGACUCGCGCUGGUCUUGCAUCUCGGCUGAUGUCUCAAGUCUGGAAGGUCAAAAGGACGGGCCGUUGUCGAAGGGUGAUGUAGUGGAGAAGGUGGAGAAGACGGUGGACAGCGAGGCUGACAUGUGGGUUACCGCGAAGGCGGGGGACGACAAGAAGAAGGGGAAGAAGAGGAGGAGCUCGAUCGCGGAUGUGCCGAAGCGUCCGCCGAAGUCGCCCCAUCGGCCGUCGACGGGUCAUGGCGCGCCUCCUCCGGCUACGGUGGAUCCGCCUUUCACUAUCGGUUGA